AGCUGGAUUUAUUUUUAGUUCUUGUUCUACUACAAAAUGUCUCACUCUCCUAUUUGCAAUGCACAAAUGUAUAUACCGAUCUUGGCUGCAAAAAUUUAAUCUAUCUUUUCUCUCUCUCUCUGUCACACCAUUUCCGCGAUCGGUCGUUUCUUGCCGUACGCCGACUCUGUGGGUCCCCAAAGUUCGUCAUUUGGUUCCCGGAUCUGGAAGAUCAUUGCAAGUUUCUUGUUCUCCUUCUACAUUAUCAUUUAUCAAGUUGUUUCCAUACCAGCACGAUUCACAGAAUUUUCGCCCUAGAGCACGACUCAGGCAGUUGCGCCGUGGUCCGGACGGGUUAUUACGCACAGGUGGUGGAUAUCGAUAAUAUCAGUAUCUUCUCCCCAGUGUGGGAACGAAAACGACUUCUACCAGCAGUGCCGCGAAUGGAACAACUGCGUGGACCGCGACGAUGUCGUUCCAGUAGUUUUACUUUUUUUGCGCGAGGAAAUACAAGAGGCGCCGGUCCUCGUAUGAUCGAAUCUGUUACCUCCACCUAUUCCGCGGCGCCAGCCGUGGCAGCGCCCGGUGAAGCAAAACAUGAUCCUGUGGUUUUUGAUGACCGGCCUCGCGGCACGAUGGAUCGGCGAGAAUCCUCGGCGGGAUUCCUUUUCUUGAGGAGAGCUAGGAACAAAGAAGGAGUCGACCUAGUCGGUCCUUCUCGUCGUUUUUGUAGUUGCGGAAAGGUGGACGUCGACAACCUGAAGAUGUGCGACCUCCACUUGGCGAACGACCAUGGCCACGCAAGAAGGUCCGCCUUUACUGAGGACAGCACAGCGCCAGCGCAUCUUCGACAAGUAGUUCCUCUCCACGGUGGCAGCAGCAGGAGUAGAGGAACCCACCCCGCAAGAAGACACUACACAGCACGACCCGUCGUGUCUUCGCUGCCGUCCGAAAGUUAUCGUAUGAAAUGCGGCGCCUUUCCGCCCCGCCAAGGUGGAGAACGACCCGCUGAUCUCCGCGGCUCUUCCUUGAGAAGUUGUCCAUCAAGAAAGAGGACUCGUAGCGCACCACUAGGUGAAGUAGACAUCACCUACGCACCUUCGCCUUUCGGGGACAGUGAGGUCGUGGAUGGACAACCUCUUGCUGUUAUCCCGUGUACAAGAAACGACGUACGCAGUGCCCUACAUCACUUGCUCUUGCGUGGUUUACAUUUAGAUUUACAAUGCACAUUCGCAUGAUGCGGUGAACAACCAUGAUCUCGCCUGCAGCUCGUCCCUCCAAUUUAUUACUACGGCCGCCAAUUUCUCCGUGUUACGUGCUCUGAUCAGAACAUUGAGACAAGAGGUUGCUCUUUGUGAUGCGCGUCCUGGAUUUUUACCGCCGCGGCGGCGCCACGACUAAAUCUAAGGCUCCUCAUCAUGCACACACGUCACACGCCCCCGUGAGUCCCAAAACUAUUCUGGACUAGUAGUCGAGCAGAUUUUUUCUCAUCUUGUUGACCUUUAUGGCGUAGUAUCUAUUACGGGUAAAGUCGGUUUUUACACGGGAUCAUGAUUGCGACUAGUAAGGUGCAAGGCGCGACGAUGGAGGUGCGACUGUGGAACUCAGGUUCCGAGACGAGGAUGGAGACCCCCGACGAGGAAAAGCACGAAUUGCAUAGAAAUGGUCGUGCUCCACGGUGCCCUGCUUUCACGGCAAGAAGUCGCAGCACGCCGCCCAUCAAGCAUCAAGCACGCCGCCGAAGAAAAAGUAGAAAGAGAACAACCAACUCCACAAAAACCCGAUCGACGGACGUGGAGGAAACUGGCUCCCGGAUGAAGAUCAGCACCCGGCAUGACGAUGUUCCGUGCCAUCACCAUCGCCCCGGCCGCACUCGUGGAAGUUUUUCUUUUCCGACUUUGCUAACCAGACCGAAGAUAAAGAUGCGGACACUCGGCACCAGAUGGGAACCCGCACCAGCACCCCGGUCGUGGAAAAAAACUUGCGCGAGCGCGGUGACUGAAGAUGAUAACUUUUUUAGCAGUAGUAGUCACAGACGCUCGUCCUCGUGGAGCAGGAUUUUCUUUCCUAAUGUGGCCGCCCGCAGUUGUCAGCAAGAACUUCGAAACGGCGCCCAAAUUUGUGCUACUCGUGUACGAGGUGGAAGCGAGCAGGCGGAGAAUGGACCUCCGUGUCGCCCCUUCAGCUCCGGGGCCUGUUCUUCGCCGGAUUGUGCAAGUAAGGUAGCCAGGGCAUUUUUCACCCUGCAGCCGCCGCGGCGACCACAUGAAGGCACGAGAAGACCCUCUCGUGACAGCAACGAUAGAAAACGGGAGUGCAGCUCUUUUCUGGUGCCCCAAGAGAACGACAAACAGCCUGCAGUUUUUCAUCUGGCACGACAGAAAAGAAGCAGCAGGUCUUGCAAAACCGCAACGUCUAGCACUUCGUCCUCUGUCUCUGCUUCGCAGACGACUACCCCAGGUUGCCCGCGUCCAACGUCGGCGAAUACAAAGAUCUCAGCGGGGAAUAAGAAGAACACAAGCAGUGCUGAGCUGCAGGUGUCCCCCUCGUCUCGACCACGCCGGAAAAGAAAAACUCCCUCAGAGGAACCGGGAUCAAAUGAUCGAUCUGAAACUUCGUCUGAGUCAAGACAUAAACAUCUUCCAGAUGGAAAAAUUGUACAAGACCCAGCGGAACAGAAGAAAACGAAGCCGCUACACUUGCGACCAUGGUCGUCUUCUUCAGGCCUCACCGCAGUCCUCAUUCACUUUUGCGCGACCGCGAGCCUGCUGCAUCUUUUCCUGUGGGAGAACAAUUCGCACUCAAAGAUUACAGUCGCUACUACUUGUAGUUCCACGCAAGAACGAAGUCACUGUUUAUUUGGCACACCACCCUUGUUCAGCGCUGCCCUCGCUGCGACCGCCCCUGCAGGCGCGGCCACCGGAGGGGCAAGUAGUACGACGGCGACGACGACCACGACCAGCAACGCUCUGCCCUACGACCUCAUCAUGCCGGCUCUGCGCAAUUUGACCGAGGACCAACUGGCGGAGAGCUCGGUAUGCAUAAUCGCGAAUAUGUCUACGGUCUAGAAUAAAGAUGCAGAUCAUUGUCAUGCGGAUUUAUUUUGCAUGUCCCGCGAUGUUUGCGUUUGCAAGGUAGUCUAGCAUCACAGGUUCAGCAGGGUCUCUGCAAUGACUACCUUGCUGUGUGAGAAAGUCCAAAAUGACACUGGGCAUCUUUUCCUCCUAUAUGCAAGACAGAGGCUUUGUGUGACCCGCAACAGGCAUCACAAAUUUCAGACCCAGACUUGUUUGCAAUGGAUACUCGGGGCUCAUCGACAUAUCCAAAUCUACCUGUUGGGUCGGCCAAUUUACCGCCGACGCCUGCUUAUCCACUGCAAAGGUGUCUACGUGUCGUGGAACAUUGCAACUUGUGACGCUGGUGGAGCUUGUUUGUCUGGAGUAAACAAAAAAUCUAGAAUCUGUCUUGCAUACCUAGCAAAAAGAACCCGCUUUUUGUCUCCCAAAUAGGGCGUUUCUCAUGCAGCCUUGGCAUGGAAAAGCCUCACCGGAGGUUGUCAUGCUCUGUGCACACUCCAGACCGACCGUCCUGCAGGUCCAAACUACUAAAGUGCAGGAAAAGCGUCUGCACUCUUCCACACCCAGACAUGUUUGCAGGUGAUGUUGCUGCCGCUUUCAGAAUCCAGACUGCUGGGACGAACACAUGACCAUGGGAUAUGGCUUGCAAAUAUUGUGGGUCCGAAAGAAUUCCAACUUGUGAUGCGAACUCCAAAUCAUAAGAUGAAAUUUGCGCUGCAACAACGCGAAGAGCUGCCCACUUCUUGCUACGCGAAUAGGGAGUUUCUUAUACGGGGCGUGCAUCAAAAAGCCCGCGCAAAAGCUGCAAUGCCGUUGCGUGCACUCCAGAUCUGAUCAUAUGCCUCGUCCGCAAGAUGCAUGACAAACUAGCCGCGCCGCGCACUUCCAGACCCAGACCUAUUUGCAAUGCAUAUGGCAGAAUGUAACAAGCUGAAAAUGAGAUCAUCAACAAACAAAUUCUUCUCUCGUCGAAGGUUGGAAUGAACUAACAAACAAACAUGAACUAGGUUUUUACGAGAUUGAGAAAUGCGAAACCUACUUUACAUUGAGCGGCCAGCGCAACAAGGAUGAAGAUUCGACCGUAUCGCCACAAAGAAUAUCAUGGAACUACAGGUUGCCCCAAUUCCGACUGUUGGGAGGGUGCCUACAACUACGAAUUCUGCUGCAGUGGGGGCCCGCGUGGAAACCCGCAGUGCUGGGGGGACGUGUACAACUACGAACGGUGCUGCGCGCUGACCGAGCCGAGUACCUUACGCAUUGCAAAUAUGUAUCUCCGGGCCUGCCUGGAAAGCGAAAGACGUAAACAACUUGGUCUGAUGCUAAGUCUGGAAUGGACGAAAAUCUGUCUUUUUUCAUAGUCAGCACAAAGCGUUGCUUUCUUCCUCCUGAAGCGGGCACUCUUCGUCCUACGGGCUAGGCAUGGACAUAAAUCGUUCUCGGCCCUUCUCGUUCUCAUGCUCUGCGUGCAUGAUUAUUGAUCUACUUCUUGCAGUUCACCAAAUCCCAGAAUGAUUCUUCCAGGAGGAGGAGACCCAGACAUGCUUGCAGUUGAUAAACCUCGUGGGUGGACAACCUCUUCAACGGACAGUCCACGGACAGCUUCUACUCCUUAUGAGACUGCACGACAACUCCCCCUCAUUUGUAUAGCAUGAAUGGCAAUACGAAUACGAGCGUCAGCAAGAAUGCCGGUUUAACAUGACAAAUUUGCACUGGAUUGUAGUGCUAUUGAGGCCGCUAGAACUUGUCACGCAAACAGUGCCAAGACACGCGGCGCACCCAGAAUUUGGUAUUCUGCAUGACAAACGAGGGGAAUUGUGCACAAUCAUACUCCUUUGACGAGUUUUACAAUGACGCGCAAUACGGCCCCGACUUUGGGUACUAUUCCACCGGCCGGGUAAUGGGCGCCGGGAAGCUCGCCCCGGACGCAAACGAGUUUGCGCACUUUACCACCUAUCAAAUGUAAAAACGUCUGGGUCUGGAAGAUUCUGAGACUUGUCAUGCAUGUUUUGCAUUGGCCAUGAUGUCUGUGAUGCAUGCCCUAGCGUCACAUAUUUUUUGAGGGCUUCGCGAUGCCUAUUCCGCGUGACAAAUGCCCUCUCCGCGUAGCAAAAAUUGCGUUCCCUUUGCUGCUCAUGCAAUACAGAUUUUUUUGGAAUCCAAAUUCAGCAUCACAAGUUGCAUACUUCCAGACCCAGACACUUUUACAUUUGAUACCACCUUUCCCAUGGCCAUCGCCCCGCACUUCGGCCGCGUGCUCAUGCGCGCCGUGUACCUUAUCAAGUACAAAUAGGUCUGGGUCUGGCAAGCUGGAACUUGUAAAUGCGUAUCGUGCAUUUCUGACAAAGUUGUGCUGCGGGAACAGUAGAAGCGGAGCUUACUUUCUCAUGCAAUUAUCGAAAUCUGUGAUGCGUGCUAUGUAUUUAUUAGAAGCCAUUCCAAAAACCUGUCGCGCUUGCCUGCCAUUGCAAGCGUCCUAAUCAUCCGCAAAGCAGCUGCAUCACAACUUGCCAGAAGAACGCCACGAGACAGUUUUGCAAUGCAUAUGCCUAAUGUGGAGGCGAAAACGCAGAAUGGAGCUCGCCCUCGAGGCCAACGCGCGCGGAGCAGAAGGACUCCCAGGGCACCACGACGCGUCGUCCUCACCUCAGGUAGAUGGGGAUCAUAGUACCGGAGCUCUGUCUAAGAAUACCUCCACGGAGGAAAUAUUUCAGGUGGUGGAGAUGGGUGCGGGUUCGGGACAGCUGGGCAAGGACAUCCGGGACUGCGUACUGGAAAACUGCUUGGGGCUGAGCCCCAAGCUCGACCGGGAAUGGAAGGCAGCCUUUCGCUACACGAUUCUGGAACGCAGCCCGGCGCUCGCGGAGCGCCAGCGCGAACGCGGGCUGGAGGUCAUCGUGCAGGACGCGCAGACGCUCAGUGCCUGCGAAGACUUCAAGAGCAAAGCGAAGAGGCCAAGUAAGAUAAAAGUACAACUUGCUUUGUGGUAUUAACUAAAACGUCCUUAUUUCUCGGUGAAAACGAAAAGGAAAACUGAUGUAUUUUGGAUUUACACUUUGUAAGCACCGCAUUCUUCUUUCAGAUUUCACGGCCAACGCUGUCAUUUCCAAUGAGCUCAUCGACGCUUUCGCCCCUGUGAAGCUGAAGCUUUCGGUUUUCGACCUGGACAAUGUGGACCCCGCUCGCUGCAGUUCCUGGACAGAGAUGAAAUUGCUUCACCUCAUCAAGAUUCGGGUAUUAUCUUGUUCCUAUCAAUAUCAAUAUGCUAAUAAAAUCAAGGUAGUAGUGAUGACGCUACUAGUACCUGCAGAUUAAUUAUUUCUCUGCUUCCUCACAGAGAAAAAACUCGUCCGCGUUGGACUAGUUCUAGCGAUUUUUAGUGCUGCGCUUUCAAAGGAACUAGCUUUGUGUAUUUCGCAGGAGAAUGAUUUUUCCACAGGACGUGAUGGGUCUCUUCGCGCAGCAGCUGGGCAUUCGCGAACCCAAGCGCAUCGUGAAGGAAUUGCAGACGUUUACUGACACGUUUUUUUGCACGGCGAUGCAAACAAGCGUGGGGCAGGCGGCCAUGAGCAUCGUGCCGCGCAACACCACCUGCAUGACCGUGGUCCUGGCGAUGAGCAACCUGAUGGAGACGUCCAACCUGCAAAUUCCCGCGGCCUCGAAUAACGUGCGUCUCAGGCUGCGCAAGGACCCGAUCGUGCAAGCCAACCUGCGGAAGCAGGUGCGCGAGUUGGAGAAGGAGCUCAACGGGUUCCUGGCCAUCCCGCGGAACAUUUACCAGGAGCUCCGCCGGGGGCUGAAGGAGCGGGGGAAUCUGCACGAGAACCUGGACGUCACCUUUCUCAUCGCCGCCAAGACCAAACGGCUGUCGGUCCCGAUUUCGCCGGACCGGUGCCAGUCCGCCAACAUCGGCGCCUUCCUGAAGCGGCACACCGAGCGGAACAAGCGGCUCGCAAAAUUCUAUCACGAUCUGGGCUACCCCUCGCUGUACGUGGUCAUGCGCCCGGGGGAAGAGGAGUUUCUGAAGCUCACCGAUUGCCUGAUCGGAGACAGUGGCGGCCACGUGUUGACCAUCGACUACGGCGCGAGCUACGAACCCCUGGCGAACUCGCUCAGCGUGGACCCGAGCUACGACGGCAUUUUUGUUCCCCCCAUUCCGCACCAUCUCAUGGAGGAGCUUCCGCACUGCCACGGGGACUGGACCACGUGCGCCGGGAGGAUCGACUGGACCACCUUCGUGGACUUCACGAACAUGGCCGCCGCGGGCCAGGAGCUCGGCUACGAGACGGUGUGGUACGGACCCCAGAGCUUUCUCGAGCAGAUGUCCAGCCUCAGUGUGAACGAGGACGCUGUGGUGGCGGAUCACAACACGGAGACGCACCCCGGGCGGGCCACAAGCCCACCGCUUCCCGGAGCCAAACCGCGUAAGAACCUGGUGGUCGUGAAGGAGGAGCCAACGGAGGGCUACAGCACCAUCGAAAACGUGGACUGGGUGAACCGCCACGCAAUCAACUGGUACGGUCCAGAAAAGGCGGAACCUUGGCAGCAACGCUGGACCGGGUUCAAAGCACUCCUGCAGCGGGUUCCGCCCACGUUGGCCUACCUCGAGCGGAAGCAGUUUGCGCCGGCGUUGGGCGAUUUCGUCACCACAAUAUCCUGUGCAAAACGAAAACUGUAUCGUAGUCGUCUGAAUUGCGCUCUCGUCCUGUCGACUUCGAGACGCAUCUACUUACGUUUUUACUUGAAGCUUCAUGGCGAAGCCUAUUUUUUGUCUUCAAUCAAAACAGCAGGAUCUUCCACACGAUUUUACUUGAUACUAAAACGAAGGUAGUUUUGCAAAAAUGCAUACACGACCUCAACAAGCAGCUCCUCUCGAGCUGCAACCGGCGCAGCGAGUGGAAGUACUAAAGCGCAAGCUGCUGUUGCCGCGCAACAUGCAGUCCCGAAGAGCAGCCAGACCACGCUGGCACCGUCGUCCGCCAAAAAUCGUGUGAACAGUGCGCAACUGACGGAGCAGAUCGCCCUCGAACGCUUGCUAUCAGACGCAAGAAAAACGAAACAUCACUCAUUAUCAAACUUCCGUCUUGAAAUUGAUGAGAUGAUAUGAAUUUCGAGUGCCCGUCGAUGUUGUGUCAACCCCCAAAUUGUUUUUUCCUUUCAGGUACGAAAAAGACCAGGCGAAACCGCCGAAGAAUUUGCAUGCUGCACUGGGGAAACAUUGCAUGCAGCGAUGUCACAGAAGAGUGCUCGCGGGCUGAAAAAGAUCAUGACAGUCAAGAACUCCUUAAUGUAAGUCCAACCGGACAGAACGAGCUACCUAAAAACACAUGGUGAUGGAUGAAGUUCUGAUUUUCCGCGUUCAUUCCGUUCGUCAGAGGUUGAGGCGACGCUCGCCGCCACGGGGCGCCGGGCACACAGAGGACUCGAGGAAGUUGCAGCGAUGAGCGAAAUAAGGGCAGAAGCAUCCUCCGGUGCCAAAAGGGAAAACGACAAAACCUCGGCAGGUGGAACAAGUGUGAUCGCAGGGGCAAACGUUUCCAGUAACGCGACUGGUUCUAGUACCGCAAGCUCAGGGACUGGUAGUAAAGCCUCAACGGCGGCAGGCACUGGAACCGCGCCGACGGCGAUCAUGCCGACAAAGACUACAACGACCGAGCAUCACUACGACAUCGUGCAGUUUCCGACCUGGCACUUGGACUCGACAGACAUCGACAGUUGUUGGUUGUUUGAUCCCACGAACAUGCCUAUUGCGGAUUGGUCGAGCAUCAACUCGAUAGCAACGAACGCCACCACAAGGCAAGUGCUCUCCGUACUGAACGUGGAUGUAGACCGCGCGCUGGGGGAGCGGUACGCGAUGGGCUACGAAGACGCGCAGUUGGCCGUGCGUCUCGUAGAUUUUCUCGUGAAGAGUUAGGGAUGAAGGCAGCCGUGUGGUUUCUGGGGAUGGAACUGCGAAGCCGCACAGGUCUCUGUUGACCUUGCGGGUGCUGGUUUUAUUUUUGCCAUGACAUAGAAGAGAGCUGCCCGCGUGUCCAGUGCCGCUUGGAAACGCAGCAUAGGUACUUGCCAGCGGAUUUGCAAUUGGCUUCGACCGCACAAGACUAGUUGAGUACUACGCACGUCCUUGGGAAAGCUCGGGGACAUCAAUCUCUUCCGUACUCUUGCAUUGCAGCCGGUGCUAGCAGGUUUGUCGUGCAAAAACUACAUUGCUGCAAGUAUCUAAAGUUUGUGUGAUGCGCUACGAUCUGACUGUGACGUCCGCCAUAUACCAUUCCCGAUACCACGAAUGUUACAUUUCUACUAUCAAACUGAGAGUGGUGCCCCGCUCUCAGAGGACGCGAACUCUAUUUGUGCAUCUCGAUUUUUAUGCAGCAUGCAUCCAAACGGGUUUUCGUUUUAGUUUUAGAAGCGAAAGCCUGUGAUCUUAGGCUUCCGGAAGGAAUGAAAAGUAUGAAUAGAUGCAGCGGGCCUUGUCUGUUAUUUCCGCUGCUUUAAACGUUCAGAUUCAGGGGAUAGAAGCUUGUGGUCCCAGCAAACACAAAGAGCGUGCUCCAUUUUUGCAAGGUCUCGGGAGGAGGACGGGGCACUACUUUCUACUGUGAUGCCUGGAAAAGUCAGGGGUGCAACGCGAUGUCGAAUCCGGACAGUAUCAGUUUGAAAUGGAAACCGUGGAUGAGGGAAAGGUAUAAAACGUGUAAAGUUGGCAAUCAGGAUUGUAAGUUAUCCGGUUUUUUUCGCGAUAUGACUGUUUUUCUCUUUUUUUUCUAAUUACACUAGUUGCGAAAAUCGUGCCAGCUCUAGAUUUAGAUCGCGCGCCCCCGCCCGCAGAACACAGCACAAGGAGGUUCCUGCUUGCAAAUUUUGGUAUGGUGCAAACUGUUCGCGCUGUCUACAUGCGAAAGUAGAGCAAGACAUGGAAAUUCCAUCAUUCUGCACGAAAAGGUGGCUGCCCGUGUGGAAGGAGGACGUGCUGCAUAUGAAAAAGAAAAGCGUUUCUGAAGCAUAUAGUACGACCCAGUAAAAACUUUGCAGUUGUUUUUUGUGUUGCAUCAGUGCAUUUUGCAUUUCGCCUCCGACACUAACUCAACAAAGUACUCGAGUUCCUCACUGAACGUGGUGUCAGCGAGCCUUCCGGAUUUUCGCCAGUCGCGGUACCUCUAGAAGUAAUCUGAGAAAAAAAAAUGCGCGUGUCAUUGAUUCUGACGCAUUGAAUAAAAGGAAGCACGGUGUUCUGGACUCAUAUUCCGUCGUGGGGGGUCGCGGUGCCGCGGGCGCUUUUUAGUUUGAUGUUGCAGCGCGUGGGCCCUGCAGUGAUGAGCAUGUUGCGGUUGGAAGCGCAGAAUGCGGCAAUCGAUAUCCAACACAAAAGGGCACGUGCACCACAAAGGAGAUGUGUUACAAGAUUGCUGUGACUGAUGAAAAACUAUGCAAUGAAUGUAGAGACGUCUGCUACGGAAACAAAAGCUUUUUGUUUUUUUCCAGGCAAAAUGAAACUCAUACUUCCCUGCGCGAAGCCCGCGAGAAGGAGACGUUUCAGUUUUUCAUGCUGACCAGACCCGAGGAGACUGUGGUCAUGUUGACGUGGAGAGUUGUUCGCUGCUACUUAUCCAUAUGCAUGAGUGUACUUUUCUGUAGGAUAAUCGGGCGCCACUAUCCCUAUGAGUGUCUCGCGGCACAGACGUUUCGCGUGAUGUGCGGCCACACGCUAACACAGCGACUGAUGUAGUAGUACCUCUGCGCGGCGCGAAAAGACGAAGCAGCGCAGAAUGGGUGCGAAGGAGCUUAGAUCCAGCAGCUCCUGCAGCACGGUAACCGACGAGGAGUAGGAUCAUUUUCUGACCGAGCGGAAUUCCCGGUGGGCAGCGGUGAGGCGGAUUGCCUAUCGGACGACACAACCUCCGACUCUGCGUCCCCCUCCGCUGGCAAUUGUUGCUUGUACCUACAAAGUAUCGCAUCUAGUCUUGGUUUCCUAAACUCUCUCUGUACCACACUCUCCAGAACCCCAGACAGAACCGACAUUCGUUCUGUUGGACCUUCAGCCGCGCCUUUGGGUACCAUGGGUGCUGGCAGCAACAGAAAGUUUAUUUGCACGAGGGAUUUUACUCGCGCAGCAGGGACAGCCAAAUAAAAGCCAACGUUUCCCGCACAAAAUCGGGCACUGUGCCUGUUGCAGACAUCUUUUAGCAAAAAAUUAUUCUUGGGAUUUUGAUUAUGAUUUUUUAAAUUUUUUUCUCAGCUUUACUUACUCAACUCUGUUCUUUCGGUUUCUCGGCCCACUCAGAGCGAUUCCAUACUGAUACGCGCCAUUUCUUGGUGAACAUAGCGAUUGCCAGCGGGUCAUACCUCACAUCUGACCGCAGGUGUCUCUGCAUUGAUUUUAGGUUUGUCGUCAAAAGAGGGAUUCUAACAGGCAAUGUGCAGGAAGAUGGAAUUCACGACAGUGACGUGUCCUGAUCGCGCGAAGUGUUGGUGUGCUGGAUCACUAUACGACCUAGCCGAGUUUUCAAGUGUUGGU